ACUGGAAACUUCCUUUCCCCAGAUGCAGCCGGGAGGCUGAACGUCCCUGUUAAGAAAACGAUACCCUACCAAUUAACGGUAGUAGAUGGGACAGAAAUAGGAUACCAAAACGGAAUAAUCGACCACAGUACUAUUCCAACAAAAACCAACAUCGAAGGACACUGUUCAGACACACAAUUCGACAUUGUUGAAAUGGGAAGCAAGGAAGCGAUUCUUGGUAUGCCUUGGAUUAGAGAGCAUAAUCCAGAUAUCGAUUGGAAGGAAAGAAAGAUCACCUUCAGUCGUUGUAGUUGCGUGGGUUCGCAAGAAUGAUUUCAUGGCCGGAACGAAGUUUGCGCCACUUCUUCCAGAGAGCCCGGACACCUAGGAAAGGGUCCUCCAUAGGUCGGCAAGGGAGCCGAUUCAGAGUUACCUGUGCAGUAUAGAGAAUUUAAGGAUCUGUUCGAGAACCCGGAGGACAUGCGUGCCCUUCCCGAACAUCGCCCAUGGGAUCACGAGAUCAAAUUGAAAGAGGGUCAUGACCUCAGGAAGCAGAAGCUUCGACCUUACAAUUGGAGGAACCUUCAACUACUCGAAGAGUACGUCAAGGAAGGGAUUAGGAAAGGACACAUUCGGAAGUCGGAUUCACCAAUCGCUUCGAAUAUGUUGAUCGCCAAGAAAAAAGACGAUCCGAAAGGGAGAGCUUGUGUCGACUACCGAGAAGUCAACAACGCUACGGUUAAGGACGCUUAUCCGUUACCAACCGGCCAGUACUUGCGGGACAAGUUAGGCCGCGCCAAGAUAUUUACCAAGCUCGAUCAACGAAAUGCUUUCGGCCUGAUUAGGAUCAAGCCGGGAGAUGAAUGGAAGACGGCAUUCGUCUUGCCAUCAGGACUCUAC